AAAGCCCAGUACCCAUGAUCAGGUAUCCCAGUAGUAACGUGGGGAAUCAGCUGGCUAAGACCAUGAUCGACUUCUAGCUGGUCAACCACAGAAUGUCGGGCGUGAAGUUGGGCCGUCCGAGCCAUGACAGGCUGAACUUAACCUGAUCGGACUUGAUUUUGAUCCGAUCAUGCCAUGAUAGUUUUCUUGGCAGAGGAUCUUUCGACUAUAGUGGAGCAAGUCGUUUGUAUAUAAAUGCCCGCCAGGAAGUCAGCACUGAGCCCUAAGCACGAAGCAUACCAUCUUCUCAUCAACAUGAAGGUUCUCGUCGUCCUUGCCCACCCCGAGCCCCAGUCUUUCAAUGGCUCUCUCUUCCAAAUGUCCAUUAACGAGCUUGAAGCUCAGGGCCACCAAGUACAAACCUCAGACUUAUACUCAAUGAAAUGGAAAUCCGAGAUCGAUCGUACAGACUUUCCUAAUCUCUCAACCGAUGCCCGUCUCAAGGUUGCAUACGCAUCGAGGGAUUCAUACAAAACAGGAAAUCUUACAGACGACGUCAAGACCGAACAAGAAAAGCUGCUCUGGGCUGACAUGGUCCUGAUUCACUUUCCCCUCUGGUGGUAUACCAUGCCUGCUAUUCUCAAAGGCUGGGUCGAGAGAGUGUUCUCCAUGGGCUUCACAUAUGGAGUUGGCGAGCAUAGCGAGAAGCAUUAUGGCGAUAGAUAUGGCGAAGGAGUGUUUGUUGGAAAGCGAGCGAUGCUUGUCGUUACUAUCGGGGGUCGUGAAGAGCACUACUCGGCUCGCGGAAUUGCUGGACAUAUUGACGACUUACUCUACCCCAUCAACCAUGGCGUGCUGUACUACCCCGGAUUCCAGGUUCUUCCAUCUCAUGUCGUCUAUCAAACGGACAGGCUAGACCAGGCUGGUUUCGAGAAGGAGGCAGAGACUCUCCGUGAAAAGCUGAGGCAUUUGGAUACCAUAGAGCCUAUACCUUACAGGCCGCAAAAUGGCGGUGACUAUGAGAUGCCGACCUUGACUCUCAAACCCGGUCUGGAGGGGAAGAACGCGACGGGGUUCUCAAUCCAUAUUCGCGACAGCGGAGCAGCUGAGCGGAGCAGCUGAGGGCAAGUGAUGAGAAGUCUGAAUUUACUCAGAACAAGACAGAUACAGGAGAUAGAUAAGCAAUGGAAUAAGAAAAGGAGAUAUAAAUGAUAAUAGAAGCUACUUGGAAGUCUCAAUCGAGCCCGAAAUGGCUUUCGUCUAGGGGUAGAGCAAGACCUGCUGGCCCCAAGCCGAAGCCGUCUCUGCAACGGUGACCGCAUUUUCCCAUUCUUCCAUAGAGAAGCCCUUCUCUACAAUCUCAUGCCCAGCUUCCUUGCCCAGUUUGAUAACUCCCGUUUCAAUCAUCUUGACCAAAGAUACCAACUCCUCGCGCGUAUACAUGAAC